AAAAGGAAAUAGGGAACCGAGGCGAGGGCAGAGUCGCGGCGUCGCCGGAGGCGGUGGACGGCAGCGACAGCGAGCGAUGCCGGUGGCGAGGCCGGAGCCGCAGGAGCCGCGGGUGAUCGCCCACGUCGACAUGGAUUGCUUCUACGUCCAAGUUGAGCAGCGGAGGAACCCGGCGCUCAGGGGGCAGCCGACCGCCGUGGUGCAGUACAACGACUGGAAAGGCGGCGGGCUGAUUGCCGUCAGCUACGAGGCCCGAAAGUUUGGCGUGAAGAGGUCUAUGCGUGGUGAUGAGGCCAAGACGGUCUGUCCAAGUAUCAAUUUGGUUCAGGUUCCGGUGGCCCGUGACAAGGCUGAUCUUAAUGUUUACCGGAGUGCUGGCUCUGAGGUUGUAGCAAUCCUUGCCACCAAGGGAAAGUGCGAGCGAGCAUCCAUCGACGAAGUUUAUCUUGACCUCACUGAUGCAGCCAAGGAAAUGCUCUUAGAAUCUCCGCCGGAGUUAUUGGAGUUGAUUUUUGAGGAGGCCACAAAGUCAAAUAUCCUGGGCCUUCCUUCUGAUGUCAGCAAUAAGGAAGAUAGUGUGAAGGCAUGGCUUUGUAGAACCGAUGCUGAUUACCAGGAUAAAUUACUAUCUUGUGGGGCUAUAAUUGUUGCACAAUUGCGGGUCAGGGUUUUGGAGGAAACCCAAUUCACAUGCUCUGCUGGCAUUGCUCAUAAUAAGAUGUUAGCAAAACUUGUCAGUGGGAUGCACAAGCCUGCUCAGCAGACAGUUGUUCCUUCAUCAGCAGUUCAAGAUUUCCUAGUAUCACUGCCAAUAAAGAAGAUGAAGCAACUUGGUGGUAAGCUUGGGAGUUCCUUGCAGGAUGACCUUGGGGUCAAUACUGUUGGUGAUCUUCUAAGUUUUACAGAAGAAAAACUACAAGAGUACUAUGGAGUAAAUACAGGAACAUGGUUAUGGAAGAUUGCAAGAGGUAUUAGUGGAGAAGAAGUAGAAGAUCGUCUUCUACCAAAGAGCCAUGGGUGUGGAAAGACAUUUCCUGGCCCAAAAGCAUUAAAGGAUAAUGCUUCUGUUAAGACUUGGCUGGAUCGACUUUGUGAAGAACUGAGUGAACGGGUUCAAUCUGACUUGAACCAGAACAAGAGAAUUGCUCAAACACUAACUCUCUAUGCCAGGGCAUGUAAGAAAAACGGGUGUGAUUCAAUAAAGAAAUUCCCUUCCAAAUCUUGUCCAUUGCGUUAUGGGACUGGAAAAAUUCAAGAAGAUGCAAUGAAGCUAUUUGAAUCUGGGCUUCAUGAUUUUUUGGGUUCUCAAAUCACAAAAUGGAGCAUAACAUCUCUUUCUGUUUCAGCAAGCAAAAUAUUCGACAUACCAAGUGGAACAAGCUCUAUCUUGAGAUACAUUAAAGGCCCAAAUUCCACUGUUUCACCAGCUAACCUUGAUUGUUCUUUACAUGAGGAUCUAUCCCUUGGUAACAAGUUGUAUAUAGCACCUAAUCAUGAAGAACAUUGUGAACCAUCAUCAUCUGAGAAAGGAGACCAUGGAAACAAUAGUAUUUUAGCCAAACAGAGUCAGGCAAAGGAAGAAAAAAAGAUGUCAAAGAAGUUAACUGAGGUUAAGGGAACUUGUUCUAUUCUGAAGUUCCUUUCACAAAGUCCGCCUGCCCUCAAUGAGAAAAGAAAAUUUGACAGCUUAAUGUGCAGUCAUCCAGGUCCUGAAAGUUCUUCAGAAGCAAAUAAAGCUGAAGACCAUACACCUACGCAGUCUGUUGAUAGGAACAAUUUUAGCACUGGUGGGGGUACCUCUGCAAGCAGUAGCCCUUGGAUGUUGAAUGUUGAAGAUAUCGAUCCAGCCGUAGUGGAAGAACUGCCCCCGGAGAUACAGAGAGAGAUACAUGGAUGGAUUCGCAUGCCAAAGCACUCAAGCUCAAAGGCGAGGGGUUCUACCAUCUCAUCGUACUUUCAACCUGCAAAGAGGUCAUGACUCAGCAUAGGUGGACCGGACCAUG